AUAGUGGUAUAUCAAAUUUAAGAUGAUAAUUCAGUUUAAAAAAAAAUAGAUGAUAAUAAUGAAAAUACAAGAUUAAUGACCAAUAAAAUAUCAAUUAAAGCUGUAAUUCAUUACGAUUAACAGUUGUUUUGUUGUUCAAUAGCAUAUAAGUUCUCGUAACAGGGAGCUUCAAUACAAGAAAAGGAACCCAUUGACUUUCUUCCUGUAUUCAUGGCACCCCCGGAUUCGGUAAGAGUACUUGAGGUCUGCCAGGUGGCUGCGGCCAGCCACUCACCGGAGUCAGCCACCGAGUUAUCCCUCCCUCUAACAUUUCUUGACACAAGAUAUUUGAAAUUUCCCCCAGCUGAGCGCAUCUACUUUUUCAAGCUCCUUGGAUCAACUCCAACCUUUUUCCAUUCUGUACUCCUUCCAACCCUCAAACGCUCACUCUCGCAGACCCUUUGCCACUUCCUCCCUCUCGCUGGCCAUCUUACUUGGCCACCUCAUUCCCCCAAACCCAUCAUCCUCUACUCUCCUAAUGGUGCCGUUUCGCUUACAAUUGCGGAGUCUAAUGCCGAUUUAGAUAUCUUGGCAGGCGAUGAAAUUCGCGAAGCUUCUGAGUCACGUCUUUGUGUGUCUGAGCUGUCAAUAUCAGACACAAAAGCAUCAGUAAUUGCUUUGCAAAUAACGCUAUUUCUCAAUAAAGGGUAUUCCAUUUCCAUUGCUAUGCACCACGCAGUUGUUGAUGGAAAAACCGCUUCCAUGUUCCUCAAAGCAUGGGCUCACAUAUGCAAAAACACCGCAAAAGAAAAUACAUUCACUUUGUCGUCGGAACUAAUUCCGUCUUUUGACCGAUCGACGAUCAAAGACCCAGACGGGCUUGAGUCAUUUUAUUUGAACCACUGGGUAGCUAACACCAAAUUGGACACGAAAUCCAACUCAAGAAGCUUAAAAUUGCUGCCAAAUCUUUUGGGAGUGCCACCCAACUUAGUUCGAGCCACAUUUCAGUUGAGUCGUGAAAGCAUAGAGAAACUCAGGGAAUACGUAGUUAGCUACCACCAGCAGCAUGGAGCUGCAGGGCUACAACCUAUGAAAGAAGUUCGUCUAUCUACAUUUGUACUUACAUGUGCUUAUGUGUCGGUUUGCCUGGUGAAAGCUAGAGGAGGAGAUGGUAGUAGACUGGUUUACUUUCUGGUAGCAGCAGACUGUAGGAGACGCUUAAACCCUCCGAUUCCACAGAAUUAUUUCGGUAACGGUGUUUUUGUCCAUGAUACGGUUGUAGAAGCAAGAACUUUCGUGGAGGAAAAUGGAGUAGCUAUUAUAGCGGAGAAGCUUAGUGGUCUUAUAAAGGGGUUGGAGAAGGGACUUUUCAGAGGAGCAAAAGAGAGCCAUGAAAGGUUGAGAUCUGCAGGAGCAGAAGUGCAAAAGUUCGGAAUUGCUGGAUCACCUCGGUUCCAGUAUUACGAAGAGGAUUUUGGAUGGGGAAAACCCGACAAGGUUGAGAUUGCUUCCAUAGAUCGGAUAAAUGGUGUUUCAUUGAUGGAUAGUAGAGAUGGAAAUGGAGGGCUUGAGAUUGGAUUAGUUCUGCUGAGGAGUGAAAUGGAUGCUUUCGCUUCAUUGUUUGUUCAAGGCCUGAAUUAACGACGUUAAUUAAGCUGAUGAUGUCCUGAUUUGCAUGUUCAUUAAUCUUGUAUGAACCUAGUCAAUUAAUCAUAUAGGUCUGACAAGUGUUUUUAAUCAUAGUUCGUAAUAGAUUUACACAAGGAUUGCUUAUUAUUCUGAAUUAGUGAUGUAGAUUUGAGCCUCUUUCUUUAAAUUAUUACUUUGAAUUUUCCAAU